AAAUAAUCUUCUUAUUAAAUGAGCUUUAAAAAAGGAGACUUUAGACAUGACUUUGAAGUGAUAUGUCCAUAUAAUAAGAAACAUUAAAUGCCUUUUAGUAAAUUAUGGUUUCAUAUAACUAAAGGAUGUAAAGAUAAGAGAGAGAAAGGUAUUUAAAUCAUUUAAUUUAGGUUAUAAAUAUGAUACUUGUCCAUAUAAUUGUUUACACAUCAUUCUUAAAUCCAGAAUGGCCGAUCAUGUUGCUAAAUGUAGGUCUAAUAUAUUGGAUUCAUAAAAAGCAGAAGAAGCUGAUUUAUUUUAGGAAAUGCAAUUAAUAGCUGCUUAAUAAUUUGGCCAUAAUCCUGUUCAAAAAAAUAAUUCUUAAAUUUAAUAGCAAUAAUAGAUUAAAUAAAGCUCUAAUAUUCAACAUGAAAUGCCUGAUUGGAGAAGAGCUUUUGAUUAGCAGAGUGAAAUUGAUAUGGAUGAUAUUAGGGAAAUUAAUGAAAUAAGCUAUCAAAAUUAUGAAGAUGAAUCUGAAGAUUCUUUCAAAAAUAAUUAAGGUUCCUCUAGUUUUUCCAAAAGUUUUUAGUCCUCUGCUGCAAAAGAUAAAUCAUAAAAUGGGGAUAAUGAUGGUUAUUAUUAUUGAAUAUGAUUUAACUAUAAUUAAUAUUAAUAUGAAC